CCCGUAUCGUAGAACGAUAUCAAUAUCAGUCCCGAACUGACAUCACAACGUGUGGGGUUCCCUGCAGUCAUCAUCUUCCGUCUCCUUUCAAGCCGCAGCUCAACGCUUGAUCGCCAACUCAAAUACAUAAGAUCCCACCAGAAACUAUCCUUCCAGCUUCCUUUGCGCUUCCGGCCAUGGACUCCCCUGCAGUACCAGUCCCGCUGGAUCCGCGGGAGCAGCCCAUCCUUGAGCGUUUGCUGCGGACCCGAGAUGCGCUUCUUCUCCUGAAACAAGACAAGUCCUCUUACAUCAAGUCUCGCGAUGUUCUCCCAUUGUAUGAGGAGGUCGUUGGAGAAGUCGAUAAAGUCAAUGCCGCUCGUAAAGAGCAAAAUCAACGUGUGGUACAUAACCGAUUGGACUACGUCUUGGAUGAUUGCUUCCAGUUGAUCUCAUUGCUCUUUUUGACCGUGGGCAGGAACAAUGAGGCCCCCGCCGUGUAUUCGCUUGCAGCUACAAUUCAGCGCCUUCUCGAUCACCUCGAAGAAGCUGGAUUCUACAGCUCUAAAGAUUUGAACUCCAUUACGAAGACCCUUGAAUCGAUGCGCGAGACCCUUGACCGCGGUCGCAACACCUACUCCCCGGCUCUUCUCACUCUCCUCGAAAGCCGAAUGGAACAAUGCCAACGCUCAUUGGAAAAAUUACAGAAGGGACUCGCCGUGCUUGCGCCGGGCCUUGUACAGACACAUGAGACCCUCGUGUCUAUCCUUCGCUCUACUUCGGCUGUUAACACGCGCUCUAAGUUCUCCGCUACGGAAGUGAACAACCUGCGAGAGCAGCUGAAGAAGAUUGAGAAUAAUCUCAAAGAUGGCAAGUUUGUGGACGCCGACGGCAACGUUCAGGCUGGAUCCGAUGACCUGAAGGCACUCAUGGAACGCUGCUGGCGGUGGACUGAAAUUGUCCUCGAGCGUAAGGGCAAAAUCGAUGAACGAUUCCAGGAACAGUACGACCGCCUCCUUGAAAUUCGCAACCAGCUCGAUCGACUCUCCGUUACCCAGGCUUGGUCGCUUCGAGAGACCGAUUUGUUUGGAUACCAGCGGAAGCUUGAUCGAAUCGACGAGGCGAGAGUGAAUGGCAACUUUGUCGACGCUGUGGGCCAGCCGGCCGACCUUCAUGCGCAACGGACAUUGCUAUACCUCAUCCGACGCAGCUAUGCAUACAUCUACGCACUAUUGAUCUCUUCUGAACCCGUGUCCGAGGCUUUGCUACCCGUUUACAACCAGCUGCAGACUCUUCGCAGAUGUCUCAUUGAAGUCAAGGAAUCAGGUGGCGUGUCUAACUCACGUGAGCUGUACCCUUACAGUAUGAAGCUCAAUUCGAUUGAUAACAUGCGGGUCGACGGAAAGUUCUAUAUUGGUCCAGAUAUCCCAGAGGGUCAAGGAAGUGUCAACAAUCUGCUCGCCGAAUGCUACGACCUAGUCUGGGAGUUGCGGGCUGCUGUUGCCGAUGAAGAGCCCCAAUCUUAGGCUACCGUUCCUUGUAGAAACACGCCUUCCCCUAAUAUCUCACAUGAUGUCAUUCAUAUUUCCGUGCAAGAAGGACCUAUUAUUCAUGAAAUGCCCUCGAAUGCCCUGUGCUUUUACGUUUCUACUUAAUGAUUUUCUUUUCCAUUUCAGUCCCUGGUUUUUGAUGACAUGCGGG